AUGCCCCUCGCCAGGGCAACCUUCGAAGACAUCAUCCUCGCUGAAUCCCCAACCUGGGAGACCGUCGAAGGAAACAUCUACUUUCCUCCCACAGCAAUCAAAGACAAAUCGCUCUUCGUUCCCAUUGACAAGGUAACAUUUUGUCCUUGGAAGGGAGACGCGUCAUAUUACUCUAUUGUGGUUGGACCAACAACAAUCCCCGGUGGAGCGUGGUAUUAUCCCAACCCAUAUGAUGCUGCCAGCAAUAUCAAGGAUCACGUGGCAUUUUACACAACAGGCAGCAUCAAAGUGAGCGUGGAAUGA